AUGAAGUUAUCAACAUCGUUCGUAUCUCUUGCUGUCCUGGUGACCUUGAGCACACCGGCUGUUUCUGUCGCGCUCUGGGGUCAGUGUGGGGGUCAGGGCUACUCUGGCUCCACUCUCUGCGAUGCGGGUUCAACCUGCGUUUACCAAAACCCUUUGCCAACCACGACGUCCACAACAUCCACAACGUCCACAACGUCUACAACAUCCACAACGUCCACUGCGCCUUCGUCUUCGAUGUGCCCGGGAACUCUAACCAAGUUCAAAUUCUUCGGAGUAAGCGAAGCUGGUGCCGAAUUUGGAGGGACUAUCCCGGGAGUUUUGGGCACCAAUUAUAUUUGGCCGACUACCAGCUCUAUCGAUUACUUCAUGGGCCAGGGUUUCAACACCUUCCGUAUCCCAUUUUUGAUGGAGCGUAUCAGCCCCCCUGCAACUGGUCUUACUGGUCCAUUUGACUCCACUUACCUCGGUGGCUUGACGACUCUCGUCAACUACAUUACAAGCAAAGGAGGCUACGCCGUCGUUGACCCUCAUAACUACAUGAGAUACAAUGGCUAUGUCAUCUCGAGUACCUCAGAGUGCGUUCCAUUUUUGGAGUGGUUCGGGUGGAAGAACUUGGCCGGUCAAUUCAAAUCCAACUCCCAAGUCAUUUUCGAUGUUCAAAAUGAACCCCAUGAUAUUGACGCAAGCACCGUCUUCAAUCUUAACCAAGCUGCCAUAAACGGUAUCCGCGCUAGUGGUGCAACUACUCAACUAAUUCUUGUCGAAGCGUACACUGGAGCCUGGAGCUGGACUACAUCUGGGAACUCUAACGUCUUCGCUGCUAUUCAGGACCCCAACAACAACGUCGCUAUCGAAAUGCAUCAGUACCUCGACGGUGACUCCUCUGGAACAUCAGACACUUGCGUUUCACCGACCAUCGGAGCUGAACGUCUUGCUGCCGCUACAGCAUGGCUCAAGGCAAACAACCUCAAGGGAUUCUUGGGUGAAAUCGGUGCUGGUUCGAACUCGAACUGUAUUUCGGCUGUUUAUGGAGCUCUUUGCUCCAUGCAGCAAGCAGGUGGCGUUUGGAUUGGUGCUUUGUGGUGGGCCGCAGGACCGUGGUGGGGAAAUUACUUCCAAUCGAUUGAACCACCCAAUGGUCCUGCUAUCUCCUCAAUCCUUCCUCAGGCCCUGAAACCCUUCAUCUAA